AGAUAUUUCUAAAGUCAAAGUUUUGUGUAUUUAUUGUCUUCGUGUGUUAUAAUAAUGAUAAACAAACAAAAUCUCACUUUGUUUACAGUAAAUCUCGAAGCAUCAAUUUUCAAUUUCCUCUAAAGCAAGGAACAGGGAUACGUAAACUCCUACCUCAUGACUCGAUGGAAUGUGUAGAGUUAAUCGAACUCAUGUGUGCUUACGAUCCAAAUGACAGAAUUUCAGCAAGGCAGAUUCUACGAAAUCAUUAUUUCAAGAAACAAAAGGAUGCAGAUAGAAAAGCAGCGGCCGCAGAGAAAGACAAAAAUAAGUUGACGGACCAACAAUCCAAAAUAAAUACUUCAACACUCAACAAACAUAAAACACAUCGAAGAACAAAGAAAAAACUGCCACAAGACGACUUGCAACAAAAACCGAGUCUUUUAGGAGAAAAACAUUUUCUUCCACGAAUUACGGGUGCCACACGAACAAGUAAGACGAAUACUGUUAAGUUUACAAGAACAUUUCCAACAAUUGCUAACAUUCAACCUACAGACAACACAUCAAAGGUAAUCAUUAUUCAUUGCUUAACGUGUGUUCAAGAAGCACAGAAUACUGACUUACGGAAGGUCAAAUCCAGUGAUUUUGUCUAA